CAGAGGGAGGAGUGACUACUGAUGCUCCAGUAAUCUGCACAGUGUGAGUCAGGGCUGUGUAUAGCAAAGCAGAAACAGCAGCAGUGUGAGACACGUUUCCCUCUCAUGAGCGUCAACAACACAGAAGAGCAGAAUGAGAAAGCUGAGCGGCAAGAGGAGGAAGUGAGCAAGCCAUAUAGAAAGCAAGACAGGCAGACGCUGACAUUAGGAGCGAGAGAGGCAAAAAGACAGAUCGACAGCUUCUUUUUGAGAGUCUACUUUUUGAAGUAAAAAGGACCAUGGACGAUCACUGGACCUGAUGACAGCAGUGACGAUCUAACAAAUUCAGUAGAAGAGGAAGUUUCCUAUUACAUUUUGGAGGUGGCAGCCGGUUUCAGACUCGACUUGGUGCAGGGAUGUCCUGGUUGUCUCCGGUCCAGUGGGCCAAAUGGACAUGGUCAGCAGUGACUGGGGGUGCAGGGGACGAGGGGGAGCCCAGACCCAAGGAUGGCGUAGAGGAGAAUUCAGACUCGGAGAGUACCUUUGAGACCCCAGAGGCAGAGUCACCAGGUGUUGUGAAGCUACUGAGCCAAUUGGACAACUCCAACCCCACAGUUCUUCCUGAUGUUACGAACUACUUUCUGGACAAGAACUCCAACCAGGAUGUUGGCCCACCUUCAUUCCAAGAGGUUGAUUCCCUAAACAACCUCACCGGCUCCCUACCUAACGAGCACAGCUUUGGUUUGGACCAAAACCUCAACCUGACCCUCAGCAGCAUAUCCAGUCCUGGAGAGGGCCUCUCUCCAUCCAGCCCUCUGUCACAGCCUCAGGCCCUCAGGCCCCCAUCUCUGUCCGUCCUCUCCCCACUAAACAAACCGGAUCCUUUGGAGGUGGAUGACGAGGCUCCAGUGACAUCUGACUUCAGCCAAGACUCAAACUUGAUCCCCAGUCAUGACAUUCUUGUGGAUCCCGACUUGCUUAAUGGCAACACGCAAAACACAAAACAGACCUGCGAGUCCAACGGCACAAUUACCACGAACUCCUGUAAAAUGAAGCCAAACCAGCUAAUGCAAAAGGACUUCAGCGAACAGGAGGACCAUCAUGGAGAACACGCCACGGACGAGGAGAAGUUGGCGAGCAGUGUCUGUGUCAAACCAGACAAGGAUCAAAGCGUUCCAGACUGCCAUGUGUCAUCAAACCCCGAGGACUCAGACUGCUGCUCAUUGCAGUUUGAGGACCCAUGCAAGCUGAAGAACAAGUCGGGGGGAAGUGAAAUGCAGAAAACAGGAAGUCAGGUCCUGGAUUCUAUCUGCAUCAGUGAGGCAGAAAAACAGGCCGUUCUUACCCUCAUUAGGGAGGAGAUCAUCACUAAAGAGACGGAAGCCAGCGACUGGAAGAAAAAGUACGAGGACAGCAGACAACAAGUCAAUGAAAUGAGGAAGAUUGUUGCAGAAUAUGAGAAGACAAUUGCUCAGAUGAUCGAGGACGAGCGACGCAGCAACCAGAUUUCCCAGAAGGCUUUGCAGACUGUGACAACGGAGAAGGAAGCCGCCCUGUCUGACCUGAACUCCGUGGAGCGAUCUCUCUCUGACGUGUUUCGGCGUUAUGAAAAUUUGAAGAGCACCCUGGAGGGCUUUAAGAAAAAUGAGGAGAUGCUGAAGAAGUGUGCUCAGGAGUAUCUGGCCAGAGUCAAGCAGGAGGAGCAGAGAUACCAGACACUUAAACUCCAUGCUGAGGAGAAGCUAGACAAGGCCAAUGAGGAGAUUGCUCAGGUGCGUGCAAAGUUGAGCUCAGAGAACAUGGCAAUGGCCGCCAGUUUGAGGAAAGAGCAGAUGAAGAACGAGUCUCUGGAACAAGCUCUGCAGCAGAAGAAUCAAGAGACGGAGGAACUCACCAAGAUCUGUGAUGAGCUGAUUGCCAAAAUGGGAAAAGUAGACUGAGAGACACUCCCUGUCAGUCAGCCAGUACCGUCCCUCUGGUCCUGCCUUACAGCGACGCCCUGUGCAUGCCCCCCAGCCAAGAAGCAGCUCUCAUACCCUCUGCCAGCCCUGCAUCACAGAGACUGCUUAUGUACAGAUGUCUAAAGUAACUUCCUGUAUACUACAAUUGCACUACCAGUGACCUGGAUCAAGAAGAUUCUGUACAUGCUAAUACUUGUUUUAGUAGGAAUCUGUUUUAAGUACUGUAUGUGGUCACGUUGUUUAGUUUGUGUUUUUGCCCAUUAUAUGAGGCCAUCUGGAGCUCUUUUGCCCAUUAUGCCAACUACCUGCUACUUAAAUUCUCAGCAGCUUAACAGCUAAAUUCCCAGCAACUCCUCCAACAGGAUGGCAUCAUGCAGGCGGGGUUUGUUUUAGAGUUACGUUUAGGCAUGGAGUAUAUUUUGAUGGGCAAAGAUUGUUAAUAUUGAAGCAUCCAUUCAUGAAAUUUAUUUUUCUGCAAAGUAAAAAAGGAUUUUACUCUGAAAGAGCAAAGCUCAGGGGUUCUAAGGGGGGCAGAAUGUGUUCAGGGUCAAAGUCACGAUGCACAAGAACUGGAGGAAAAGAUUAAGCGUUGUUUGAGGAUGUACAUUAAGUUCUCGAAGGCCGUGGUUGGUUCAGAAGAGACACUGAAACCAUAACGAUUCUGGACCACAUGUCCGUGACACUAAAACUGCAUUUAAUUCACAACAUUUGCUUUACCUGGAUUCUGGAAAAUUCAAGUAGUUACAGAACAGAGAAGUAUAAUAACCUGACAAUCAUAGACUAUCCUGUAAGUCAUAUAAACUUUGUGGCAUUGUCUCGUCUGAUCCACAAAGUCAGUUGAAGUGUAAAGAGUGAAAGCUAAAUCAACUCCACCACUUUACGUUAACUAUCCUGUGUUAAGAAUUCUGAACAACUGGAAAACAUUAAAACAUAGACAUGAAUAUAUUUUGGUUGAAGAUAUUUAAAACUAUUAGAAGAUUAGCAAGGGCUGCAAUAUGUCACCAAUUUUUCUUUUUUCAACCAUCACUAUGUCACGGGUUGAGUGACCACUAAUCACAUUUACUUCCUACCACAAAGGAAACUAAGUGUUUGACAGCUUUGUGAAAGGUAAUGUCAGUUGCUUAUACGUGAUGAAGAUGUGAGCUAACAUGCUUGUAUUUACAGUUGUUCAAUCUGUUUAUUUGCAUGAUCAUUUUCAUAGCGUUGUCUUUCUCACAAUACAGAUUGUUUUCUUAAGACACCAGUAAAAAAUAGUUGUAAAGUAAUGCCUUAGGAGGCUGUGACUUAGUAACGGUAACACUUUUAUCAUUACUUGCCUUUUUCUGUUGAAGAAAUGUUCUUU